AUGGGUCCUAAACUUACACCCAAAAUUCUUGAAAAGGUUUUUCGAGAAAUUCAUGGCUAUCGUGGAUGUUAUCCAAACAAUCAUCUUAAAGAUUUACAUUCCUGUUUAUUAGUUAACAAAGAAUGGUGCGAAAGUACCGUACCAGUCUUAUGGUCAGCAGUUUUUUAUCCAAUUCAAACAAUUCGAAUAGACGCAAUUACAACAUAUUUAUCGUGUCUUGGUUUAGAAAAACGACAACUAUUACAAAGGCAAGCGGAAGUCAGCAUACCGAUACAGUAUAACAAAUCAACAUUUGAGUAUGCAUCAUAUUUGAUGGAAUUAAAUUUUGACAAAUUCCUUAAAACAAUAUUUUCAUGGUGUAAAAAGUAUCGUAAACCAUAUCGAAUCGCAAGAAGGAAUGAACUCAUAAUUCGAUAUUUAUUAGAAUUAUUCUCUUCACAAGGUGCAAAUAUAAAAUACUUUGCAAUGAACAAUGUACCAAAUUACCUUUUAUAUGAUGAUUAUUUUGAUAAUUUAAAAACGAUUGAUUUCAAUUUAUUGGCUGAAUCACAUAUAAGGAAUUGCUUAUCCGGUGUGACUGAAUUAAGGUUAGAAUGGGAUGCUUUAGCGUUAGAUGGAUUUUUACCUGCUCUCGAACAUACCUGUCGUUCUUUGAAAAUUAUACAUACGGACUUUGCACAUAAUCCAGAAUCUGCAAGUUUAUUUAUAAAUAGACAACAAGCAAGAGACUUAGCAACCUUAGUGUCUGCACAAUCAAAUCUACAAAAAUUCAUUUUACAGAAUCAUCGAUAUUACACACAUUUCUUUAUUGAUUCUUUAAGCACACAAUCGAGUUCUUUAAAAGAAAUAGAAUUCCAUUCGGUAGAUUUUCUUGGAUGUUUUCCAUUUCAAGCGCUUACAAAAUGUUCUUUUCUUACACAUAUAUCGAUUGAAGAUUGUAUUAAUCUUACAAAAGAUAAGUUCACGCCUUUAUUUUAUGCACCAUUCCCCAACCUUCAAUCUGUACAUGUAUAUAAUAAUGAUCCUCCUUGUGAAGAAUUAAUUGAAUGGGCCGAUAAAAGAAAUUCUAAAAGAGAAUGGUGGCAGAUUAAAAUUACUAAAAAUACUUUGAGAUAUUUUUUUCUGUUCGUGAUUGCAUAUUGGUAUUUAAUACCUAAGGUUUAUAAAAUAGGAUGGAAAUUAUCGAAUUGGUUGUUAGAAGGAGAAACUCUCUAG